AUGGCAAAGCCUAACAUCACUGGCUUCGACCCUCAGAAGUUCGCUGCCGCCGCAAAGAGCGGCACAAAGGGCGACCCAUGGGCACGAUACGAGCAAUGGCGAUACACAGGUCCCUUCUCCAGGUGGAACCGCUUCAAGGGCUCCUUCCCCGGCCUCGGCAUCGCGACAGUUGCAUUUGCCGGAUACCUAGUCGCCGAGAAGCUGUUCUUCGCUGAAGAGCACGGUCACCACGGCUCGGACGGUCACUGA